AUGAACUUCGAUGACAUACAAAUGCUAGAUGUCCCCGCUGAAUCUUCGAGUCAUACUGAAUCAUUGAACUCGGAUGACGUCCCCACAAGUCCAAAAGCUGACAAGAAGUACCCAUCAUUGUCAGAAUGGCUUCAGCUGGAUGACGACUUGAAAUUUCAAUUUGACCUUCAAGAAUAUAAAAAAAGUCUAGAGCCUCAGGAUCCGUUCUACAGAGCUCAUCAUGAGUAUAUAAGCCUGUUGUACAAGAUUGUGGAGGAAUUACUGAAUCACGAUGUCCAGGUUCUUCCAGAAGACUCGGAGGAUGAGGAGCCAUUGGGAGUCGUCACUUCGCUGAGAGAAAUCUCGAAGAAUGCCAAGAAAGAGGUAAAGUUGACUCGAAUACAUGAUGCUUUCUCAAAGAUAUUAUCGAAGUAUGAGCAGUUUCUAGAUACUGUCAAAGAUGAGUUACAAGAGGAGGACUGGGAUGCAUACGUCGAUCUCCAUUUCUUGCUUGAGUUCAUUCAAGCUGAUAAGUUUUCUAUUGACCAAAGGCAAAAACCAGAGCUCAUUCUGUACUGGGUGAACAAAUAUGACCCAAAACCAGAGGAUAGCUUCGUCGAUGAAGUUGUCUACAACAACCCAGAGCCAUACAUGCAUCCUGAAUUCUGGACAACAUACAUGGGCACCUUGCUCACGAGAGGGAUGUUCAGCCAUGCAGCUCGAUCCAUAAAGCUGUCGAAGUACGAAAACUUAGGUGAAAAAUCCCUGUUGUAUAAUAUCAUCACCGACUUCCAUGUUUUGAUAGAUAGCUACACGUCUAUGGCCUUAAAAGGUCAAUUCGGCGAGUGGAAGCGCACGGCGUGUGAAAUGAGAGACAGCUAUUUGACGCUCAAACGAGGCAUUGAAGAUGAAAAAGAGCUAGUCAUCGCGAGGCAAAUCCUCGAAUUGCUUCGAGCAAUUACUGGUCUUCCUAAAACUUUGGCCGGAUUUACUUCAACUUGGUACGAGCUUUACGCAGCAUUAGCUUUAUUUCAAGUUCGUGAUUAUGAAAAUGUUUACAUGGACUACUAUCAAAUUGCUGUGGGUGAGAAAGGCAUUGACGAGACUUCAGACUUAGAAGUAUUUUUAAGUAAUGUCGUCAUGGGUAACUCAGUUUCUGUUAUUCUUGCUGUUGACAAAUACGACAGCGCAACUGCAGCUUACUUGAGUCGACUUUUUGAGCUCAAAGGUCUCUUUUUACCUUAUUACGACGUCGCUCUUAAUAUGACCUUGUCAAACAAGGAAGGGCUUCCAAGGAGAAAAAUAUCAGACUAUCUCCUCACGAGGCAUGCCUUUGAGUGUUUUGAGGUUCAUCCGCUUGCCAAUGUCGGUAUUGGUCUCUUCCUUCACCCCGUCAUAACACCAUCACCAGACCAUAACUGGAAGAACCGUCAAAUAGUCGGUGAAUUCUUGCCGCACUAUAAGUGUUACACGAACGAUGAUAUGGAAUGGGCACUUACUGUCUGUGCCAAGCUCAAUUUACCUGACGUAGCAAAGAAGCUCUAUUUGCAACAAGGAGAGCAAUCGCUCGCAGAAGGUCAUCUAUACGAAGCCAUGAAUAUGUUCGUGCAUUGUUACGACGAUACGUCGUCCUCCAAGGAAAGUGCUUUGGCUAUGGAAAAGAUACAUCAUAUCGUGUGGGAUAUCCUCUUCCAGGAUGCCCUCUUGAACAGUUUGCCAGUUGAAGACGAGCUCUUGAAUAAUGUUAUCACCAAGAAAGUGAACACAUCUUUUGAAGUUCAGCCUGCGAUAAGGCAGUGCAUUGCUCCCUACUCAGUGUUGGUGGAGUACCUUGUUUCAUUGGAAGAUAAAAACGCAUUCAAAAAGAAUAUCUCGCGGUUGUUUCACCUAAUCAGAUUCAAGUUUAUGCCCAAAAAAUUCUUGCCAUUGUUAUUCGCACAAUUUCUACCCCUACUCUCAUCAGAUAAAUUCGAAUUGUCUGACCUCGUGGUCAUGAUCGAGCUAAUUGACUCCUUUGAGGUGCUGGCACAGGAAGAGCCUGAUGAGGUUGCCAAGUUAUACUCUUUCGCAGUGAAAAGCGUUGAUGAUGUACCUGCUGAGCAUGACUGGCGCAAGAUCCUACAAAAGGAAGGACUGAUUCCGGAAUCAGUAGAAGAUCUCGUCUUGACGUUGAGAAGAAGCAUUGCCUCAAAGAUAGGGGACGUUUACAUUCAACAAAAGUAA